AUUAGAAGAGGCCACUUUUGUUGCUCUAUAUUAAUAUUUUAAGUGAAUGUUUUUGAUUUUUUAAAUUCGAGUAUUUAGUAUUAAUCGUGUGCUUAUUUUUUUAAAAACUAGACACGGAAUUUUGUUUCGCGGCGAAAAUGUGCGCGAAUGGUUAUGAUGAUGUUUAUGAUAAUGGGUGGCAUUUAAUACCACCAGAUUAUGCACCAUUGCCAGAAGAUGAUUAUCGAUAUAAUCCAUUUUUGGAUACAAUGAAAAUGUCUGGUGUUCAGCGUUCAUCAGGAUUUCAUAUUAGUGAUAUAUUAGAUUUAAAUGAUCCAAAAGUAGGUGUCAAUACACAUAAUGAUGCAGAACAAACUAGUCUAUCGCCAAAUGGUACAAUAAAUAGUAUGCUAUCAUCAACGCCAUCAACCACAGACUUCAAUCCAGGUUACACGUCCACACCACAUCACAUGAUGUUCGGUGCGCCUGGUGUUACAGAUCCACUAUCACAACAUCCAUUAUUACAUCCCGUUUCAAGGCUGCCAUUAAAUAAUUGGAAUCAUUCUCCAAUUGAACCAUCAUCCGAUUCAGUAGUAUUACAGCAAGUUAGUCCCGAUAGUACAUCACCCGCCGCUAGUGAUUCAUCAUACCAAAUACCACAAUGUCAAAUAUCACCCGGACCAGAUUCAACGAAAACCGUACCAUCAUCAAUAAAUAGUGGUGGUGAAAUUGAGGAUGGUAUCGAAGAGGAAAUCGAUGAUGAUGAAAAUGAACAUAGUAGCGGGGAAGGAGGUGGUGACGGGAGCACAAAUGGUGGUAAUGGUACACAACAAACGACUGGACAUAAGAAACGUAAACGACGUGUAUUAUUCUCAAAAGCACAAACUUAUGAAUUGGAACGCCGGUUUCGACAACAACGUUAUUUAUCGGCACCAGAACGUGAACAUUUGGCAUCACUGAUACGUUUAACACCAACACAAGUAAAAAUUUGGUUCCAAAAUCAUAGGUAUAAGACAAAACGUGCCCAACAUGAAAAAGGCAUCCAUGAUGUUCAACAUGGAAACACAGGUGUUGGUAUGCAACCAUCACCACGGCGAGUUGCUGUACCUGUAUUAGUUCGUGAUGGAAAACCAUGUUCUGGUGGUAAUAAACCAACAUCAUCCACUGGUGGCAUGGAUCAUCUACCUCAUGGUGUACCUGGAGGUCCAAUGCCACCAGGUCCACCUGGAGCCGCAUCGCUAGUCAAUCCAUAUAGUCAUGCAGUUAUGCAUGGACAACCUCGAUUAAGUUGGUGGUAUAAUCCAUGAAGGUUCCAUUAAAAAAAGACAUUUUCUCGGUACUAAUAAUGCAAUAUUUAUUAAAAACAAAAUGGUUUAAAAUGUUGUUAAAAAAAUGACCAAAGUGAGUUUAUUUUGAGGUGGAUAAAAAUGGAAGUAUUUGAUGAGUUAAUGGUUGAUCUCCACCAAUUGAAAUUUAACAUUCCAACCUCACAGUCGACGGUAAAGUUCCUAAGUAAUAUUUUUUGAUAUACUUUAACCGUUUCAAAAUUAUCGCUUUUGGUCAUUAUAACGAACUGAAUAGUUCAAACAAACAUAGAAAACUACGAAAAAACAGACGAUUUUAUUUUGAUUUAGAGAAGAUAAAAAACUUUGGCGAAUCUACAUGGCAAUUGAUUCAAUAUUCAUUUUCUCGAAAUACCCUGAGAGUCUUGUAUGUUUGCGAAAGUUUGCACUUUGUAGACUUCUAAUUAUCUUAGAAUAUUCAUGUUUUUGUGAGAAAUUUUUAAACUUUUCACUUGAUAGUUAGUGUAUACUAAUUUUCGCUCUGUCCAUGCUGGGUAACUGCUGGUUACGGACUUUACUCAAAGUGAGAGAGCACUUAAUGUUAUCAAGUUUCUAUGUUUUAUUGAACUGUUUAGCUAAUCAAAUUUCGAAUGCAAGUAUUAAUGCAAUCCAUAAUUUUAAAUUGACAAGUUUUGGUGAGAACCCUCGGAACUAUCUAUCCACUUCGAAAUAGUUUUGAAAUUUAACUGAAAUGAAUCGUCUCAUAAUUGCACCUACAUUUAAAAUGCAAAAAAAUACACCUUUUAACUAAGAGAAUUCGAACUCUUUUUUAAAAUGAAAUAUUUCAAUUAUUUUUCGAAUAUUACUUUGAGUUGAUAGGUAAUUCUUUAAUAUACUCGCCCACAAUCUGUUCAAACCUGUUGACGAAUAGCCUGAUGACAUAUAGAUUGUGAACAAAAUCAUUUGAUUAUGUAAGAUACAAAAUUUAUUUUAUUUUAUACAUAACACUUUUUUAAAAUAACAAAAUGUGUUUCUUUUUUAACUUUAUAUUUUAGUUUUUUUUUAAAUGGACACGUAUUUGUGCCAUGAGGAACUCCUUCCUAAAAUUCUCUUCUCUUUUCCAAUU